AUGGGCCAGCCCAGCAUCCAAGAGCAGCGGGAGCACAGACAAACCUAUGGCAACACUAGGGAACCUCUCCUUGAAAACCUGACCAGUGAGUAUGACUUGGAGCUUUUCCGGAGAGCACAAGCACGGGCAUCUGAGGACGUGGAACAGCUGCGGCUCCAGGGCCAGAUCACAGAAGGCAGCAACAUGAUUAAAACCAUCGCGUUUGGCCGCUACGAGCUGGACACCUGGUACCACUCCCCCUACCCAGAGGAGUAUGCUCGCCUGGGCCGUCUCUACAUGUGUGAAUUCUGCCUCAAGUACAGGAAGAGCCAGACAAUACUUCGCAGGCACAUGGCAAAAUGUGUUUGGAAACACCCACCGGGUGAUGAAAUCUACCGGAAAGGCUCCAUCUCAGUGUUUGAAGUGGAUGGGCAGAAGAACAAGAUCUACUGUCAAAACCUGUGUCUGCUGGCAAAACUUUUCUUGGACCAUAAAACACUGUAUUAUGAUGUUGAACCCUUCCUCUUCUAUGUCAUGACAGAAGCUGACAACACUGGCUGUCACCUGAUAGGUUAUUUCUCCAAGAUCAAGACCUGUUAA